AUGUUGCUAGCACUCCGAUCCAGAAUCCCCAAAAUGUCCAUCCCUCCUCUGCGCUUCCUUUCCAGCCAUCCAAGUGGGGCUCACCCAAACCCACAACCCGCCUCCGAAAAGCCCACAUCCGCCCAUUACGACCAGCUAAUCACAAUCGCUGGCCAGUCCCGCGACUUCCCCGCCAUCCAUUCCUUCCUCACCCAACGCGUCAGAUCCGGCUACUUCAACACUGCCACCACCUUCAAAUUCCUCACCCUGGUGGACCCCACCACCCUCCCCUCCAUCCUCUCCCCCCUAAUCGAAACCAUCUCCGCCCUCGAAAUGGGCUACGGCCGGAAGAACGCCUUGGACUCCCUCAUUGCUUGCCUCUCGAAAUCCCACCCCCAGCACGCCCGCUACGUGCUCGACGAAAUGCUCAAGAGAAGACUUGGCGCCAAUGCUUGCACCUUCUACCCUCUAAUCUCCUCCCUCAGCCGGAAGAAGCAAAUGGCCGACGUAUCGGACCUCCUCGACCUCAUGAGAGGAGAAGGGAUACCGCCCGACACCACGUGCCACAACUACAUGCUGUCAGCGCUCUGCCACAUCGGGGACCUCCCUGCUGCGGCACAGACUCUGAAUUCGAUGUUGGGAGAGGGGUUGGAGGCUGAUUCACUGACGUUCGACGCAUUGGUGUUGGGGGCUUGUCGGUUGGGGAGGUUUGAUGGGGCAGUGGCGUUGGUGAGGAGGAUGGAAGAGGAGGGGGUGAGGGGCAUGUAUAGCACCUAUGCGCAUGUUAUCAGAGGGAUGUUGUCGAUUGGAGGGUAUGCAGAAGCAGUGGAGUUUGUUAGGAGGGUUGGAGGUAGAGAUGGAAGAUUGGAUGGGGAGAAUUAUGGAGUUUUAGGGAGAGGAUUGGUGUGGAAAGGGAGGUGGGAUGAGGUGAGGAUUGUGGUAAGGGAGAUGGAGGAGAAGGGGUUAGAAAUUGAGGAGAAGCUCAAUGAUGCUUAUCAUUUGCAUAUGGACGACAGUAAUGUGAUUUGA